GACAGGAAGCGCGGUCAGAGGAAAAGCAAACGGUGCAGCAGCCGGGAUUUCGGCUCCCUCGUGACGGAACGCGAGCGGCAGUGCCCAUCGGCCGUGGGGCGGAGAACGCCGAGCACAACCGGUGUGACUUACACAGACCGGCGUCAAGAAGGCGCGGAGAACAUCAGCCUUUCCCUUAUCCGCAGCGCUCACGUUCCCCGCCGCAGCCGGGGAAGGAUGGAGAUUCGCCUCAGCUCUCCUUUUACUGUCGCUGUGUUGGUAAAAACAGCGUUCUGACCUCUUCUACCCUAACAGCCGAGCUGAGUUCAAGCUCUGCGCUUUUGCCUGUCGAAUUUUCUCCCUGCGCAUCCCAACGGCUUCUUGGCUCUCUCCUCGAGUUGCCCUUCCCUUCUUCCACACGAGGCAGACUCUCUUUUUCUCCGGGAGCCUCGGGAAAAGCUGAGAGCCCGUCAGCCUCACCCCCAGCCCUGGCAUUGUUCCCCCAAACUCAUUUAGCAAACCUCAUUUCUUCCCCUUCCCCCUCCCCUUCAUGCCUAGUUUAAAGCCCUCUCAAUGAGCCCUGCCAGCCCAGGGUGUCGGAAGUCCCCAAAUAAUUGGUCAGGACGGUAUCUCUGAGAAAAGCAGCCUUUAUUCACAACGGCAGUGGCGGGCGCCCUGCAAGCAGGAGCACACCUGCAGAGACAGUGUGACGUCUGUUAUGCCCUACUGCCCGACGCCCAUCUCUCCUCCCCUGGUUCCUCGUUGGCUGAGGACUUCAGGUUCACAACUCUUCCCAACGCUCAACUAAACGUACAGAUACCAGCCACACAUGAAUCGUUGCUGGCUGAACAUGCACUGCUAAUUAUUUAACUUCCAAUAUUUGCACAUCAGCGCUCGGCCGUUAUUUCUGGGCAUCUCGCCCAUGGAUAGAGAUGAGUUUGGAAGGAGGACAGAGGGGAGUAUCCUGACACUUGCCUGCUGCAUCCCCGCCUACCCACAGAGUGGGACUCUCCGCCUCGUGUAGGGGCCCUGGCAGCUCUGGUGGUUGUUAAGCCUGUUUUUCUUUCGCUUAUCCAAACAGAAUAGCCUUACAACACGCCUUCUAGUCCAUAAUACACUACCCCUACUAUUCACAGCAUUUAGAAGCUACUGCAGUUUUGCAAGCGAGAAUUAAUCACAUAAUUCAGCAACUAUAUUUCCAAAAUAUGCUACUAAAACAUGCAGUAUUUCUGCUUUUUCACAUCAGCUAUUUCCAAGGACAGGUUACAAACACGUUGUGCUCUACUUCUUCAGAUCAGUUCCCUUUUUUAAACAUCUAAUGCAGAAACGACAUUCCAUUCCCACAGCUCCCCCCCCUUUCUUCUUUAUGCAUGGUUGGUUUCUGCAAUUCUUUUCUGUGGCACAGUUUUAUAGACAUCUUCCUCUUCUUUCCCUUCUUCAUUCCCCAUCUCCUCUAAUACCAUCGUUUUAUCCGAAUAUGGUGGUGGCUCCAUUGGUGUUUGCUUCAGUAGUGCUGUCUCGAUCAAUUGCUGUCCCAGUCUCCUCAAACAGGGGAUAACACAGCACCCGAUGGCCAUCAGGGCUCCUGCUACUACAAUCAAAGAAGUAAAUAUGGAUACAGUCAUCCCUUUCCAUUUACCAAACCAGGAAUCCGACCAUCCAGGGGUAGAAGUAUUUAUUCCUGACUUCUGUGCCAAUUCAUCGUCAAGGGUGGCAAGCCCUUGCAGUGCCUCAGUUAUUGUUCCAUCCAGAGCUGUGUUACUGGGGAUGAGGGUGCAACAGCAGGUAUACGCUGGGCAGGGAUCCAUUUCCCCCUCUGAGACAGAUGGGACCCAUCUGCAGCCACCAGGCCAGGUGCCAAGCAAACCACCCCAUGGUCCAAAAAAAUCCCCAAAUUAUUGUGAUUGCAGCAGCCUCUCAGCCAUGUCCUUCCUGGUGGAGGCAGUCUUGAGGUGUGGAGUCAACCGCCUCGCCCUACGAAACCUCAUGGGUGGGCCUCCCACCGCACCCUCACUCACCUCUCCCUCAAGUUCCAGAGCCUCAAACCCAUUACAUGGGGGCACCUGUGGAACCGAGGUAGGUUGGGAUGGGGGUUGCUGUGAUUGCUGAGCUGGGACCUGUUUCCACUCCUCCUCUUCCCUUAAAUUGCAUCCCUCUGCUCAAAGAUGGCAGGGGAGGGGUCUAGCACCGUUUGGGGGGUAUCACCCUGGUGUCUUUCUUGCAAGUUCCAAAGACAGCUAAUCCGACAGUCCAUCUCCUGCCCCUCAUGCAGGCGGAAUCCCUGCCGCCCUUCACCGGCACCGACAGACUCAGGCACUCGCUGCAGCCAGGGACUUCAACCGCCACGUUCUUAGGUGGGCACUCCACCUGAGCUGCUGCAUUCUUUCUUGUCAGAGCUUUCUGCCUGGUGGAGACCACGGCUGGAUUUGAUAUCUGGGAGGCAGCCGACAGGUGAACCGCUCUCCCGAGCUGACAGAGAUGCUCCGCUCUCCUCACCGUCCCUGCGCACCAGCCUGCUCCCUUGCCGUUAUUGCAGGUUAUUGUCAAACAUGGCUGUCGUGCACUUAGUUAGCUCUACUGCCUGUAACUAUUGCAGGAGGACAGCGUGGUUGGGUUGGAAGGGACCCCCCAGCCCCGCAGCCCCACCUGUGCCGUGGGCUGGCUGCUCAGUCCUGGACAAAAGUGACCUACUAAUGACUAUGGAAGGUCAGCUGGAAUGUUGUCCCGUUCAGGACAAGCUGAGUGCUCUCUCAGCUGUUAAGUGUUUUGGCAGAUUGAGGGAGGCUUCCUCGGGCAUUGGCAAUAAUUACCUUUUGAAUUUAAUCCACUUUUUAAUACCAGUAACAUUUUGGUUUGGGCAAAAUGCAUCCUGUGCUUUAGUAACAGGAAUGAAAGAAAACCUCAGCAAAUGGAGUCCUUUCAGGUAGCGAUUUGCUGCCAGAAGGGCACUCUGUUUUCUUCAGUGCUUCAUUAACAGGAGGUUACAAAAUACUUCCUUGAGAAUACUGCAGGGACAUCACAGAAACUGGGGAACUAAAGAAGCUCUUAGCUGAAACUAUUCACCAGACAGCAUGGAAUUAUCAUUUUAUGUCUGAAAUUGAACCACGAUUGACAGACAGUCCAUUCCACAUCACUCUGUUUUUCUCUUUUGGACAUAAGCAAAAAGCUUAUUGGUUCAGAGCUUGAAAACAGAAAGCUUCACCCGUCUGUUUACGUCCUUCCGUGCUCCCUUCGGCACCGGGUUGUGGGAGAGCAGUCGCAGAGUGCUGCCGCUGUCCCGGCAGAUCCCGGUGGCUGCGCGCUCUGCAGCACACAGAAGCCUGCGUGCCACUGCUGACUUGGAGCUGUGUCAGACGCGCCACGGAUGCUUUGUAAUUUGAAUGCUAAAACGGAGCUCUGCCCAAGUGUCUGCAGGCACGUGCCAGGAGGUAGAGAAACAGCAAGCAAACCAACCCGGCCUUUGAAGCAGCGUCAGGGGGCUUCGUAAAUACUGCCACAGGCGGAAGCUGACUUCUCUGUUUUACUCCGUGUUUGGCUUUCUGUGAAAUCAGAUGCUGGAGUGCUCUGCCUUUCAUUUUUCUUGGAUAAUGUGGGGGAAGACUGUAUCUGCGUAUGUGCUGCCCUAUAUGAGUGUAUAGCCUCUAUACCCGUGCAGAGCUUCUAUGGCCCAGCUCGUUCCCUCCUGCACUGGACACGAAUCCAACCGAUAGCUCCCUGCCUCUCGGGGCGCGGGGAGAGCCGGCGCGGAGCCGACGACCGCUCGGCCUUCGGCGUGCCCGGCAAACGCCGCAGGAGGGCGGAGAGCGCCCGGCGAGGAGAGGACGCGCCUUCCGCGCACGGCGAGCUCCUCCUCCGCCGUCCCGCCGACUCCAGCGGCGAUGCCCGCCCGCGCCUCCGCGGCCGAGGAAGAGCCGGGCCGAAGAGGAGAGCCCCGGCCGACGCCGCCCGUCCGCCGCCACGAGCGGCCGCUGCCGCCCUGCCGGCCCCCGCUGCAGCAGCACGCGGCGACACGUGGCGGCUCCUGGCGCCCUGCCCGCUGCCGCCACCCACCGCCCGCAUCGCGCCCGUCCGCACGGUGUUCUCACCGUGCCACCUGCGGCCUCUCACGGCGCCCAACCUCGCGCCGUGCCCACCGCCGCUGCGGGCUCCCUGGGCCGCCCUGCCUGCCCUUGCCACCCCUGGCUGGCAGUGCCCGUGCUGCUGGGGCCGGUGGUGGCUGCAGCCCCUCUGGCCGUGCUGCAGCCCCUGGCUUCCUUGGCUGCAGCCCGUCCUCUGGCCGUGCUGCAGCCCCCGGAUUUUUUGGCAGCCCCUCUGGCCGUGCUGCAGCCCCCGGCUUCCUUCGCAGCCGCCAGCAGCCCCCAGCAGCCCCGCCUACCAGCAUGGAGAUCACGGGCUGGCAGCCCAGAGCGGGCAGUGUGAGGGACGGGAGGAGAGCAGCCCCGGGGGGGGAUCAGGGGCCGGUAGAUGUAGAUGAUGAAGAAGAGGAUAUAGAGAUAGUUGUUGUAUAGAUAGUUAGUGGGUAGCAUGAUAGUUGAUAGCGACAUAGAUAGUGAGAUAGAUAGCUGAUGGUGGUACAGGCAGUGAACAGAUAGCAGAUAGCUAGGUGGGUUAUUGGUAGAGAGGAGGUUUGUGGAUAGCAAGGUAGUUAGCAGCAAGCAAGAGUUGGUAGUGAUGUAGUUAGAUCAUAGCCAGAUAGCUGAUAGGGGGAUGCAGGAUAGAAAGAUGGGUGACUGGGAGAUAGUUAGUUUAUAGAGUACAAUAUAGAAAGUUGCUGAAAAGAACUUUAUCUCUGUUUCAGACGAGCCACUGUGUCCUGGGACACCACUCUCCCCGCCAGCAUGGGGUGAAGACCAACGCCUGAUGCUGCCCCAGCGCUGGCAGAAGAACAGCAGCUCUGCAGAGACCCGUCCUGCCAGCAGAGCAUCACGGAGAAGAAGACGCGCCUUCUGCUCACAGGAAGAUGCGCUGCUUGAGCCCCUGGCCGUCACUUUGCCUCCUCCGCAGCUGGAGGCAGGAACAGCGCCCGGUGCUGCCCUAGCGCCGGCAGAAGAACAGCGGCUGUUGGGCAGACGGGACCGGCCGGCAGAUCGUCGGGGAGAAGAGGACGCACCUUCUGCUCAGAGCGAGGGACGGCCGCGUGUGUGCGCAUGGCCCAGCUCCCAGCACGUCCUCCUGGCUGGGAGGGGCGUUCCCAUGAGAUGAGCCUGGGGCAGCGGAGGAGGUGAGGAUGGCCAGAGACGUUCUGCAUCUUCUUUCCUUGCAAAGGGCACUUCUCGGCUGGAAGCACCGAAGUUACUCUUCUCCCAUAACCUCAGCAUCGAUGAUGCCCUCCGGACCCAGGAUGAGGAAGGAAGAACUGGAUGGGAGAGGAGAGCACGGCUGACGCCGUCAGUGUGAAGUGCCUCGUGUGGGAGAAGAGACUGGGCCAGCAGCAGACAGAUAGGGAGCACAGGGACGUAGUUAACACCAGAAUGUCUGUUAGACAGUCGUGUUAUUGUCGAAAAGCUCUGUAAAUAAAUAGUUUAAUAUCUCUCAUAUCCUUCCUAUCUUGUGUUGUUUAAAACCAUGUGGAUUCGUAGGCUGAUACUUCUGAAAAUAGGUGUCAGAACCAUAAACCUUUCCCACUUGUCUCGCCUGAUUUUUUUUAAGGUGAAACCCCUGCCUGAUUUUAAAGUUUGUCUCGCAAAAGGGAGUAGAAACUGAAGUUUGAGCAGUUGCUUAAUGAGUUUUGUAACUGAGGAGCUCCAGAUUCUCAGUCACAAAGAGCAGAAGGCAGAAUAACGUCUGCAUGCCACACACACCCAUUUGCUAAUGCCAGCCUCGGACGGAAAGGGAGGAGCGUGCCAUCCUAACUGCUGCACACUGCUGCCCUAAGGAGAAAGAGUGAAAAAGCUGCCCCCAGUCAUUAUGGACACGCUUCAGAAGUGCAUACCAAACCCGUGUGUCAGUUCUGCAUUUCAGAAGAGCCUCCAGGGAAGGCACGGGGAUUGCCCAGGGGCAGGCCCUGACCGGAGCAGCUGUGCAUAAGCAAGCCAAGGGGAUGGGGGGAGCGGCACCUGGCUAAGUGGGGGAUGCCAAAGCAUCGCCUUGGAAGCCUUAGGAACCAACAGCAACGAGGGCCUGCAGCCAUCUGAGCCCAGGCUAGGACCUGCCUUCUCACGGCGCAGCAGGGCAGGCUGCAGGCACUGCUGGGCACAGAUCCCAAGCAGAAUGCAACCCCUUCAGGAAGCGGUGUCGGACAUUCUCACGGGCUGCACCGGGCAGAGCAGAGCAGAGCAGAGCAGAGCAGAGCAGAGCGGGACGGUCCUUUCCUGGGGAGUGCUGGGCCUGAUGCGCCCCAGGGUACGGUUGGCCCUUUGGGCUGUCGGGGCACGCUGCCGGCUCAGAUGCAACUUGCCGUUCACCAGAACCCCCCAAGCCCUUUUGUGGGGCUGCUCUGCAGCCUCCCCUCCCGCAGGGUGUGCACAGAGCCAGGGCUGUCCCAUCCCAGUGGCAGAAUCCACCACUUGCUCUCCUAAACUUCAUACCAACUGCGCAGUUGCCCAGCCCUCCAAUUUGUCAGCAUCUCUCUGCAGCUCCUCCCAGUUGAGUGUUGUUUGCAGAUGGUACUGCAAUGAGAUUUAAUCAAAUCAGACAGCGAUCACAUUUUCAACUGUGUAUAAAUCCCAAGAAAUAUGAACAGGCACACCAGCAUCACGAUACUAAAAUAAAACCAAGGAUCUUUGCUCCCCUGAGUUCUUACUUCCAUCUCUCCAUCUUGCAUAACAGAGCUUGCAAUGGAGAUGUUGCUGCCCGCCCCUUGUGACGGUGUGCACAGAUGUGGGACCACAUGAAAACAAAGCGCACUGAUAUCCAAAAGACCUUGGGAUGAGUAAACAAGCUCAGCAGUUGUGCAAGAUGUAAAUAUGCACGAGGACAAGGCGCUGUUGCAGGGGUAUAAAGGGUUGUGACCAUGUACAAUAAAGGUCUUUGUCCUGCACUAGCAACGGAGUCCAUGCCUAAGUUGCCACAAGCCGCCCCAGUUCUGUGCGCUCCCGGCUCCUGGUACCCCCUCAGCCUUUCACCAGCAGGACACAAGGAGAAGCUGAAAUGCCCACAGCUCAGUGCAGCACUGCUCAGCAACAGCUAGAAACGCUGCCGUGUCAUCAACCCUGUUUGUGUUUCUCCUAAAGCCAAAAUAGAGCACCAUAUGCCAAGAAGGAAAAAUCAACUCCGUCCCACUGGAAACCGUGACACAGUUUAAUUUUACUGGGGGGGAUGCGGGGAUGGGCUGAAGGGCCCCGAGAAGGACUCCCAGACCCCAACGCUGCAGCUGUGGCAAAUGCACACAGUGAAGUCGAGGGCUCCUCCCAGACCAAAACUGCCCACGGACAGGGAUGGCUGCGGGGCUCUGGGCCACGCCCAGGGCAAGGGAAGGGGGCCUGGGUGGAGCCGGGUAGAAUGCGGUGACAUCCCUGCCACGUCACAGUGGGCCUCGUCCCCCUGAAGGCAGAGUUGGAACAGGAGGCGCAUUUGCCGCUGUUCCCUCACUGCGAGAUGGAACAGAGAUCCCCGAGCCUACCCCGAGAGGCCUGGCUGGAGAAGCCUAGGGCAUCCCGCACCUCCAUGGCCCAGCACGGGCCUCGUAAGGUGUGUGGGGUGCAGCCCCUGCAGGGGCCCGUGGACUCAGCUGAGGAUCCUUCAGCCUCCGUCGUGUCACCGCAGGAGGAGGAUCCCCUGAGCUGCAUCCGUGCCUGCUGCACACGCAGACCCCAGGCACAGGCACAGAAGCUGAGCUUUCUGGCCUGCGUCCGCACCGCCUGCACAGCUGCCCUCAAGGACAGAGAGGCUCACAAGCACCUGAGUGCCUGCGCAUCAGAGGUGGCGCAGUGCAUUGAGGAGCUGCUGCAGGAGGAGCCCGCCGACCGCCUGGACACAGAGCUGCGGCAGCAGGCCAUGAGCGCCAUCGCCACCAUGAGCAGUGCGUGGCUGCUUCCAGAGAAGCAGAAGAACAGUCUCCUGUGUGCCUGCCUCAGCAGCGUCCUCCACCUCCCCGGCUAUGAGGCUGACACGGACCUGGACAUGGCAACCUACACGGAGACCAUGGAAGCCCUGCACCGCCUGCUGCAGGUGCUGGUGGGCAGCGCCGGCACCUCUGUCCUCAUGGAGCUGCAGAACAUCUUGGAGCUCCUGCUGCCCUUCACCACGUGCCAGCUGGCGGCCGUGGAGGAGAGGGCCGUGGCGUGCAUUGCCAGGCUGCUCGCCUUCUGCAACACCUGCCCCUUGCCCGAGUUGUGCUUCUGCUUCACGAGAGCUGCAGUGUUCCAGCACAACUGCCAGGAGAACCAACGCCUCCCCGUGCUGGGGAAGCUGGCCGGACACCUCAUCCUGUGCUGCAGCUCCACGGACGAGAGGACCAGAGAUGAGGCGAUGAAGGCUAUCCAUCAGCUUUUCACCUUCAUCACCGCCCCAGGAUUGUUGCCGAAGCAGAAGGAGCCCAAGAUGCCACAGCCCUGGGACAGCCAGCAAACUCUGCUCCCCCAGGAGGUUUCCCAUGAGGACAGAGCCAGAAAUGUCUUUGAGGUGCUUCGGAAAUGCCUCCUGUACCCCGAAACGGUCAAUAUCUUACUCACAGCCAUCGAGAGUAUGACAGCGCCGGGCCUCCACAGCACCCAGCUGGCUGCCCACAUGGUGGAUGUCCUCACAGCAAAGGCUCGCUUCCCUCCACGGGAGGUGCGAAAGAUCGUGAACGUGAUCUACAGCAGCCUGCCUUCCAUCAGAGCCCAGCCGGCUCUCAAAAGCCUGGGCAGGGCCCUGCUCGUGCUGGUCAGCAAAUUCCCAAGGGAGAUGGUUACCAGCCUGCUGGUCUGCUCCCCCACCUGCACCAGGGUCGCUGUCAUCAUGUGGAGGGAAAUGCUCUCGGAGCCCCCGGCCGUGGAGAAGGUGCUGCAGCAGCUGCUCCCAGUGCUCAGAAACCAUUCUCUGCACCACACGUCCCCUUUCAUCAAGGACUGGCCACGCGUCCUCGCCCUGGCCGCAGCAAAGGUCCUACCGGAGAUACUCCAGCUACCUCUGGUCCUGAAGGAGGCCGAAGCCAUCUUCCCCCAGCUCUUCCUGGCCCUCCUCCUGCAAGUGUCCUUCACCGUGAACCUGACACAGCAGGAGGUGGAAAUCUUCUUCGAGGCGCACCAGCAGCACCAGCUCACUCCCAUCAGGGCUGUGGUGCAGUCCUUGAAGGUGCUGCUCUGCAGCGUGGGCCUCCAGAGGCAGAUGGAGGCCAUCCAGGAGCAGGGCGGCUGGGACGCGCUUCUCAGCACUGUGACCCACCUCCAGGGUGUACAGGUGGUGGCCAGGGUGAUGAGAGAGCUGCCUGGUGCUCUGCGUGACCCCAUCUUCCACCACCUGGUUGAGCUGCUCAGCACCAGCUUCUUCUACUCCUGGGAGACGGUGGCCAUGGUCUUCCUCAUUGAGGUGAGCACCAGCUGCAGAAGCGGUGAACUUGAGGCUGCAACGCCACUGGUGGCACGAGUCCUGCUGCCUCCCUCGGGACCAGGCUUGGCCAUGCCUUGCUGUCUUUCCCCAAGCGGGUUGCUGGAUCCAGCACUAAGAGCCGCGUGUGUUGCAGAUGCUGGACUGCGUGGACCUCAACAAAGAGCUGCACCGCAUCAUGAUACUCUUUACCACCUAUCUGCAGAGCCAGAGCGUGGGCAUGCAGCAGCUGGUGCUCAGGGGCAUUCUGAAGCUGAGCCAGAGGCAGGACACGGUGAGCAGGGGCGGCCAGGAAUGCCACAGGUGCCACAGGUCGGGCUAGGCCUGCCAUGGGGCUGUAGCAGAGCCAUCUGCAGCUCAGCACCUCUCCAUGCAGUGAGGAGCUGGUGCUCGCUGCCCAUCCCAUUGCUGCCUGCUGUCCACGGGGCUGGUACUGGAGUGGUUUUGCCCUCACUGUGCUUGCUGCUCUACCUAAAGGAAGGGGUGUUCUUCCCACAGGCAAGGCCAAUGAUCAUCUUCCUGCCGUGCGUCAUGGAGCUGCUGCAGGACGCAGACAGCGACAUCCGUGCCGUGGCCUUACCAAUACUCAGCAACCUGCUGCAGCUCCUGGAGGGGGUCAAGCUCAGCCUCAUGGCUCUGGCUCUGGCCGGCAAGCUCCCAGCGCUCAUUAAUGAUGAGUCCAGCACGGUGCGGCAGCUCUCCAUCGACCUCUUCCUCGAAACGCUCAACUACGUGGAGGACCAAGAAAAGAGGAAGAUGCAGGAGGAGGUGUGCAGGAGCCUGGUCCUGCUGUAUCUGCACCUGCAUGAUGAGGAAGAGAGCGUGGCCAAGGCCUCCCAGAAAGCCCUCCUUGGUGCCGCACGGUUCCUGCGCUGGAGGCGGCUGGAGCACCUGGUACAGACAGCACAGUUCUGGCAGAUUGGCGAGUGCAUGGUAUGCACAUUCCCACACCCCACGACAGGGUCGGGACCGCCCUGCGCUAACCCUGCGCUCUUCCCACUCCAGCUGGACAAGAGGAGGAGGAGGAGUGCAGCACAGGAGUACCUGGGCCAGAGCCUGCUCUACCUACAGAGCCCGCAGGAGUCCCUGCGGCGGGAGGCCGUGAGGUUCAUCGGACUCUUAGGGCAGCACAUGAGGGAUCAGGAGCAGGCUGAGACAGAGUACAUCUACCAACGUGAGUCAGGGAGUGCGAUGUCCGGACAGCCGGCAGGCAACGUGCCUGUCCCCUGCUCCCUCCUAUCGGAGGGGACGGCUGGGCGCCCUGCAGGUACACAGCUGUCAUCGAGCCUCUGUUCCUCUCUUAUCUCAGGCCUUCAGGAAGCGCAGCAAGACCCCAGUCCAUUUGUCUCUUCGCUGGCCCUUCAGACACUGAAGAUCCUGAAGGAAACGAGGCCACGUCCACCGCAAGGAGACUUUGGGCAGCUCUUCUCCAGGCUCCGCAGCGCGUGGAGAAGGUGGCGCUCCUCUCGGGCACACCGCUGAGUGCCCUGCAAAGCUCCCAGCAUCUCCUCCUGCGCACUGCUCAGCUCCGCUCCUCCGGCACAUCCCUUCCCCAGUGCUGUGCAGCUCUUCACCCCGCACUGCCAUCUCCAUCAGCACGAUUGCCUGUCUUCUCUGUGUGAAAUGGGAAAACAACACAGAGUAUCAGCAUUGCCCUGAGAGGAACAGAACGUGCAGCGCUCCCUGCCGCUGCCACACGCUUUCAGCCAACACCAGCAAUCACCAACUGCUCUGCUGCAAAACGGAGUGGUAAGGGAAACGCAGGCAUACAUCCAGAAGAGGAACAUACAGAGGAGGAGUUAACACAGCUUCUAGAAGGAAAUUAGAACUCAUGAGCUACUGAAGUUGUUGGAAGGAGUUGUGGAGCACAUGGACAACAAAGACAUGCCCGAUAAGCUACUGCUGAAUUUCCAUAGGGUUUCUAAUAACGUUCACCACUGACACUUCUUAAAAAAGUAACCUGUCAUGGGACAGAAAGACACAAGUCCAACUGGCUAAAUGCUCAAAUAAGAACAACACCAAAAUAAAGCCACAAAGCCUCCAGUGUGCUCCCUGCUGCUCUAGCAGCAGUCGCAUAGAGAUCACAGCAUAGAUUUCUGCUGCAGGCUGAACUGCUCAAAGCGUUCAGAGAUCACCAGGAGAAGGGGGCAAACAUCAAGAUGACAAAGUUUGCUCUACUCACUAAAGCACCUGUUGUCAUAAAAGCAUAACACUGUAUUGCAGAGAACUGCAGAGUGUUCUCGCAGAGGUUCUGAUGAAACCGGAGAUAAAACCCCAGACUGAUAAAGUAAUGCACACAGAGAAAGCUGAUCCUAACUCCUGACACACUGUGAUUGACUUUGGAAUUGCCAUUACCACUCAGGAGCGAGAUUUUGCUGUUAUAGACAGCUCUGUAAGCACAUCAAUUCAGUCUUCAGUAGCAGUGAAAAAAACAAAUGGUAGGAGCAAUUAAAAAUAAUUUCCCCCCUUUUUCUCCCCAUUGUAACAAGCUGUCCAACUAGAAAAAGUACAGAAGACAGCAAAGAUAACCAAAGAAAUGAAACUGCUUCCAUUCAGAUGGACAACUAAAUACAUAGAGCUGUGCCUGGAAAAGAGACAGCUAAGAGAAGGAUGAGGAUCCUACAAGAUACUAGAAGCUGUGGAAGAGGUAGACAGAAAAAAGUGCUCAAUAGCUUUCAUAAUACAAGAGCUGUGGGAUGGCAAAUGAAACUGCAACUUGUAAUUCCACUGUAGAAUGCACCGCCUGAGGAUAUGAAAGUUUACAGAGGUUCAGAAAUGAAGCAGAAUGCAAAGCAAGUGGAAAAUGUGAGCACGUGCUUCUCUUGUUCUUCAGUAUGUUCCCAGGCAUCUGCUUGCAAACUGUCACAAAGAGGCUCGAGGUUUGGGAAACAGUAAGAAUUACACUGGACCAAACAAGUGCACCACAGCCCACUUCACAACACAUGGGAAUUGCAUUUUGUAACAGACUGAACUCAGUAAAGCAUUACAGGAGAUAUUCUGAGCAGUUUACAAAGAAUCAUCAAAGAAGCCUAGAUGACUCUCAACACAACGCUCUCAUCCUUUGCACCAUAAUAAGAGUAAGAAGAAAACUCAUUCCAUAGACCCCUACCCAGCUGUGAGUUACACAGCCACAGACUGACAGAGAAGUCAGUGCAUAAGCAGAGGCUGUCAACAAUGUGGGGAAAGUGUAUUAAGAAAUUCACCAUGAAGGAAAUCGUAAAGGGAAGAACAAAACCAUUAUUCUGAGCUGGAAACGCUGAAAACCUAAACCAGGAGACAACUCAGUACCAGCUCCAGACUUUGUGGCUUUCCAAUACCACCGCCUUCUUCCUCUUACCAAGCAUAAAGGAUCAUUCCUUCUCUAAUUGUCAUUCACUGCUUUAGAAAAAUGCAGAAGAAAAUGCUCCUGCUGAAUUCUUAGAUUCCUUGUUUCCUGGAUUAACGCUGAAGCAAAAAGUGUUCUCAGCCUUAAUGAGCACUGUCUUAAGGAGCACCGUCUUCUUUUACAGUGUAGCUAGGUAUAGCAGGUAUUGCUGUACACUUGCAACUGCUUGCUCAUGAUAUUCAUGUUUCAAUGAGAUCAAAGGAACUCAAGCUAACCUGCUUGCAAACAAUGCAGAGCUGGGCAGUCCUAUGGACACUGCUGGACAGGCGGGGAAACUAAGGCAACGGGGGAAACAUUUGACUUGCCCAGAGCAAGACUGGCAGAAGGAAGAAUAUACCUUACUUUCUGUGUUGAACUGCAAAUCUUACUCUCUGCAAUGCAGCCAUGCAGCAUCCCAAACAAGGGAAAAGACUUUGAUCCUGUAUCCUACAGUAAUACCUAGAGUAGGCUUCUUUCUUACAGAUUUAAAACCUCUGAGUUGGUCUACAUCUGACCAAAAGGCAAAGCACAGAACAAUACAACCCACAGUUCAGACAGCCUGUGUUUUAUUUCUGCAUCCACUGCCGUCCUGCACUGCCCUGAGCACUCUGGGCCUGGCCUACCUCAACACGGCUUCACAGCCCAUGUGUUCUUCUGCUCUGCAGCACCACUGCCAGCACAGCUGGGUCUCCUUGUGGCGGACGCCCUCUGGCCAACACCCAGUACCAACAGGGUGCGAUGAGGAUGCCCUCAUGUAUGCAGAGGAAGGAAGAAACAGUAAUGGACCAGAGUACCAGAGUAAGCAAAAACCCUCUUUAGUUACAUGAGCAAAAUAAUCCUGAUGCAGAAAUAAGGCUUUGCCUGGAAGAGAAAGGCACUUCAGAUACAUGGCAUAAAGGGAACCCGCAUGGCUGUGUCAGCACUGUGAGCAGGCAGGUCCCAGAGAGGCACAGACUGUUCCGCCAGCACUGUGCCACGUGGCGGGGGCAGCCAGCAAGCACCAGCUGCUCUGCUGGGCUGCAAAAUAGGAUUUUGAUACAGCUGGUGAGUUUUUCAACACAGAUGUUCCCACAUAGAAAACAUGUUUUUAUAAAAGAACUUUUUAUUUUUACAGGAAAAUUGUUUGUGGUGAUUUUCAUUUAAAAAAUGAAAAAUUAAA